UGAUACAACUGUUUUGGUUUGCACAUCACAGUAAUCGCUGCUUUUAUUUGCAAUAAACAGUGUUAAAACAUUUAUGACAUAAUAUUAAUUGUAAAGAUAAUUGUAAAGUUUACAACUUUAUAUUAUAUAUAAAUCUGUAUUAUAGAUAUACAAGGUUAAAUAGCAACAGUUUAAAAAAAACUGUUAUAUUAUUUAUAAAAACAUGUUUUAAUUCACGUUUAUGUUUUUAAAGUCUUAUUUUUAGCUAUGUAAAAAAACAUACUAUCCAAAAAUAAAGCAGUAUGCUACUAUUAGUAAUCUUUGUUUAUAUACAACAGAAUUUUUAUUAAAAAACAAAGGAUUAUAAAAUUAUAUACCGUACAAUUUUAAUAAGAGUAUAAGUAUAAGUAUAUAUUAGCCUUUACAUUUUUUCAAAGUCAAAAGAUCUUUCAAAUUUAAACCUAACAAGGUACUUUACGGUAAAGUAUUGAUACCACCACUGUAAGCGCUAACGUAAGAAGGAUAAACAUACGUAAUAAUAGGAUAAUCCAGGAUAAUCAAACACUGCGCUAUUCCGAGCAAUUUCUUUACUGUUAAAUGGCAAUUACUUAUGAUCUCUAUCUAAAUAAGGUAAAGUGAAACUAUUAUGUGUGAAACUACAAUAUAUGUAUAGAUAAGAUAUUAAUAAGGUCUCACGCGUAUAUUUAACUUGAGGAACUAUCCUAUGGCUUUUAAUAUAUUUUAUUAUAAAUCUUUAUAUCUAAAAUAGCACGAUAAAUAACGGUUUAACGAAGUAAUUUUUGCAUCAUUGUAUCAAGAUUGCGUUACGUAAUCCAGAUAAAGAUAAAAUUAAAUUUUCACUGAAAGAUAACAAUCUUCAAUACAAUUCUACGUCUAAUCGCUUAGUUAGCUAGAAAGAAAAAUUUAGAAAAAUGUUACAAGCAUGAUUAAAUGUAAAUUAUAUCUAUAAUAUCUGAUAAUUUAUAUCUCUAUUACACCUAUUUCAAAAACAUAUAUAAACCUAUGAAGUAUCUUUUGUUUUAAAUCCAACAACAAGUCUGCAAUUAAAGAUGCGUGCAUUUGCUUGUCUUAUAUUUAUCACUCUGACAUACGCCAAUGAAGUGUACGGAGCUCAGUCUCCAUACAUCGUCGGUGGUAAGAUUGCUGCCAAUGGCAAAUUUCCAUAUCAAGUAUCAUUAAAAUUUAACAACAAGCUCAGAUGCAGUGGUUCUAUCAUUAAUAAUUUGAACGUGUUAACUGCAGCAUAUUGUGUCGUUGGGUUGGAAGAUCCGCUACAGAAUCUAACGGUCCAUGCUGGCACAAACUAUUUGAAUGUAAAAGGAUUUGUUCUUGAGGUAGCAAUUAUUACCGUUCAUCAAAAUUAUGACGCUUAUUUACGCAUUAAUGACAUCGCUUUAAUUCAUCUUAAAACUCCUAUCAAAUACAAUGCACUAGUGCAACCGAUCAAUCUUGCGACUUCCGAUAAAAAUAUCGAAGGCAAGCGGUGCACAUUAUCCGGAUGGGGAAAUACACAGAUUGAUGAAAGUAUUCCAAAUAACUUACUUGAAAUUGAGCUGUUAGUUUACCCGCAAGAAGACUGCGCGAGAGCAUGGACGGAUGUCAAUGUGAUAGAUAGCCAUGUCUGUACUUUAACUAAAAAAGGAGAAGGAGCAUGCUACGGUGAUUUUGGUGGACCUUUAGUAGUCGAUGGAGUUCAAGUCGGAAUCUUUUCUUUCGGUAAUCCCUGCGCGCUUGGAUACCCAGAUGUUUACACUAGAGUGACCAGUUUUCUACCUUGGAUUAUUAUAAAUUUGAAAAAAUAAAAAAUAUAGUUUAUUGUUUAGUAUUUAUAUUAUAUAAAAUGUUAUUUUGUCUCAUGUGAUUUAUAAUUUAAUUAAUAAUAGUAUAUAGUAUAUAAGGGGGAACAAAUUAUUUCUGCUAAAUGUACGCCUUUUCUACCAGUAAAAUAAAUUAACGAUGAAAAUUAA